AUGUCGGUUUCCAAGACAUCCGAGUUUCUUUUGAAGCGUCAUCCACUUCAGCGACUUCCCAGUCCUGAUAGAAGGACGUCUGCUUUAGUCCAUUUACUCGGAUUGGCCAGUUUCUUGUCUUCUUUCAAAUUUCUUGUUGAGCACCCAAACCAUGCAUCCGAGGGAUUCGGCUGGCACUUCGUUUUCUUGACCAUCAUUGGGCUUGCAUUAUCAACAUGCACGUUCACCGUCGGUCUGUUAGCAGACGUGACUCUUUCGCGCCGACUCUUUUUACUGAAGAAUAUACUCUCCGUGUGCAGUGCACCGUUGGAGGUCUCGAUCAGCGUUUUAUACUGGGGAAUCAGAUCGAUUGACCCCCACUUGGUAGUUCCACCUGACGAACUUAGGAUUCCGUUCCAUGUCGACCUAGGAUUUCACCUCGUCCCAAGUGUUGUCAUGCUCGUCGACCUUCUAUUUCUCUCCCCGCCCUGGACAAUCACCGCCCUUCCCUCGAUGGCUCUAUCCAGUUGCAUUGCCUUUGGAUAUUGGUUCUGGAUUGAAAAAUGUUAUUCCGUCAACGGAUGGUAUCCCUAUCCACUUUUCGAAAUACUCGAUAUGAAGGGACGUAUUGCCCUCUUUACAGUUAGCGCUUUCUUGAUGGCUCUCAACACGGUAACAUUGAAAUGGCUAUAUGGACGUGUGAAUGGACUUGGGAGAUCGGAAUAUCCGCAGGCACGACCAGGACAUGUUAAGGAACCUGAUUAUCACAACUGA